AUGGUUGGAAAGAAUUAUAUAAUAAAUAAAAAACUAAAUACGGUUGCAUCUCUAUUGCAGUUACCGGGCAGUGAUAUAGCCAGCGGCAGCGAUGUGCUCUCCGACAUCAUUCCCAGCGUGCCCAGCUCACCCUGCCUCGCGGCCAAACGGAAAAACAAACCGCACCGAAACCUGGACGAGCUGCCCUGGAGCGCCAUGACCAACGACGAGCAGGUGGAGUAUAUUGAGUAUUUGAGUCGAAAAGUGAGCACAGAGAUGGGACUUCGGGAGCAGCUGGACAUCAUAAAAAUAAUCGACCCGAGCGCACAGAUUCUGCCGACGGACAGCGAGUUCAUCAUCGAGCUGAACUGCCUCACCGAUGAAAAGCUCAAGCAGGUGCGGAGCUACAUCCGCGAGCACGGUCCGCGGCAGCAGCGCAGCGUGAAGAGGAGCCUGGCGAGCAGCGUGAGCGCUCACAGCAGCAGUGACGCCAGCAUCACCAGCAGCAGCAUCAGCAGCAGCAGCGCCUCCACCGCCUCCAGCAUCAGCCGCGCUCACAGCGACGGGAACCUGGCCUCCGCCGCAGAGAGGAUACGAGACUCCAAGAAGCGCUCCAAGCAGAGGAAGCUGCAGCAGAAGGCUUUACGCAAGCGUCAGCUGAAGGAGCAAAGACAGGCUCGUAAGGAGAGACUGAGCGGUCUGUUCCUGAAUGAGGAGGUGCUGUCUCUCAGAGUCCCGGAGGAGGAGGACCACUGCGAUGACCUGGACGUGCUGAUGUGACCCCAGUGACACUUCAGUGUUCCUUCUAUGCCUCCUCCUCCUCCUCCUCAUCAUCACACACACACACACACACACACA